AUGUCCGGGAUCACCACCAACCAGUAUGUGAACCCCUUGAGCGUCGUGCGCGUCGGCCUCGUCGAGGUAGGUCGAAACCUUCGACUAUCCGCCAUUUGCGUGGUAGAUCCGCCAAAGGUCACCAAAGCACAAGUUGAUGCGUCCACCGGAGUCCUGUUGAACACAACUUGUGUGCCCUCGCCGAGCGUCGCACCCUCCACAUGGAUCUUGAUCUUGACGUCAUCGACGGUCUCGUCGGCAUCAACUUGGGCCGGCAUGAUGUGUCCGUCCGUCCGUCGCCAACCACGACACAGAAAGUGCUUCUUGUUGACGUUGCAGAUUGAUAUUCAAUGA